UCUUGUCUUGCGAAGGGCCGUCAAACCCGGAAGCGCGUGUGUUUAUUUGCGGAAACUUCAUUUAGGAACAUACUAAUCCUAACCAGUAUCUAGCUAUAAAGGUUCAGCUCGGGUUUCUAAAUUAGUAUGUGCGUCAGUAUAAACUUAAAAGGCUACAGUGUCGACAUUUCACUGUAAGGAGAAAUUUGCUUUGCUAGCUAGAAGUAAACAGUCACCUAACGUUAGCUAGCCAGCUACAGUAUGUCCAGCGAGGCAGUCCUCACUGUACGGUUGGUAAGGUCGUUUGAGCACCGAAACUUCAAGCCAGUUGUAUUUAGUUGCGUGAAUUUAGAUCAAACGGUCGAGGAAUUUAUCCAGUUUGUGAAAAAUGAUGUUAGCACGAGGUCCGGUCUACCACCCCCCUUUAAGAAGUUUGGCUAUGAUACAAUGAAGAUCAUCCACCAGGCACAUGGCGCAAAGACAAAUGAGUUGGUGAUGAGUUUGGAGGACGAUGACAAGCUUAUUCUGCAAGAUGGACUAACCCUAAGAGCAGCAGGCAUUGCAAAUGAAACAGAAUUGGCCUUCUUCAGGAAAGAGGAUUAUGAGCUCUUUAAAGCUAACCCCCAACCAGCCUGGUGGUAAGGGUGUUUACUGGCCUUCAUCCUCCACUUCACCACGGGAGAGGGGAUUCUGAUCUGACAUGGAGGAUACACAUGGAUGGAAGGUUAUGGGGGGUGAUCUGUGCCUUCAGAUGAAAGUGGGAGUGUUUUCAUUUAACAUGCCAUUCAUAUAAAAAAUAAAAUGGUAUCUGCCUCGAUUUUA